AUGCAACCGGUCAGGAUGCUCUCGGUGGUGCAGCUGUUGAACCUUCUGAGGAUCCCCAUAAUGACUGUCGUUCUGACCAAUUCCAAGCAGCAUUCCAGAGAGCAGCAUUCCAUCAAGCAGCAUUCCAGAGAGCAGCAUUCCAUCGAGCAGCAUUCCAGAGAGCAGCAUUCCAGAGAGCAGCAUUCCAUCGAGCAGCAUUCCAGAGAGCAGCAUUCCAUCAAGCAGCAUUCCAUCAAGCAGCAUUCCAUCGAGCAGCAUUCCAUCAAGCAGCAUUCCAGAGAGCAGCAUUCCAUCAAGCAGCAUUCCAGAGAGCAGCAUUCCAGAGAGCAGCAUUCCAGAGAGCAGCAUUCCAUCGAGCAGCAUUCCAGAGAGCAGCAUUCCAUCAAGCAGCAUUCCAUCAAGCAGCAUUCCAUCGAGCAGCAUUCCAUCGAGCAACAUUCCAUCAAGCAGCAUUCCAUCGAGCAGCAUUCCAUCAAGCAGCAUUCCAGAGAGCAGCAUUCCAGAGAGCAGCAUUCCAGAGAGCAGCAUUCCAGAGAGCUGCAUUCCAGAGAGCAGCAUUCCAUCAAGCAGCAUUCCAGAGAGCAGCAUUCCAUCGAGCAGCAUUCCAUCAAGCAGCAUUCCAUCAAGCAGCAUUCCAGAGAGCAGCAUUCCAUCAAGCAGCAUUCCAUCGAGCAGCAUUCCAGAGAGCAGCAUUCCAGAGAGCAGCAUUCCAGAGAGCAGCAUUCCAUCAAGCAGCAUUCCAUCAAGCAGCAUUCCAUCAAGCAGCAUUCCAUCGAGCAGCAUUCCAUCAAGCAGCAUUCCAUCAAGCAGCAUUCCAUCGAGCAGCAUUCCAUCAAGCAGCAUUCCAGAGAGCAGCAUUCCAGAGAGCAGCAUUCCAUCAAGCAGCAUUCCAUCGAGCAGCAUUCCAGAGAGCAGCAUUCCAGAGAGCAGCAUUCCAGAGAGCAGCAUUCCAGAGAGCAGCAUUCCAGAGAGCAGCAUUCCAGAGAGCAGCAUUCCAUCAAGCAGCAUUCCAGAGAGCAGCAUUCCAUCAAGCAGCAUUCCAGAGAGCAGCAUUCCAGAGAGCAGCAUUCCAUCAAGCAGCAUUCCAGAGAGCAGCAUUCCAGAGAGCAGCAUUCCAGAGAGCAGCAUUCCAGAGAGCAGCAUUCCAGAGAGCAGCAUUCCAGAGAGCAGCAUUCCAGAGAGCUAGCAGGGAAGUGUCUGUGA